CUCAGUCAACAUGCUGCGGAACGUUUGUAUGUGCGUUGAUAUGAUGAGUACGUUUUGGUCACACGUUUUGAUAAUUGUGAAUUGAGGUGAAGGUUUACGGUUUGCUGACAAUUAUCGAGGUUAUACCAUGAUGCCGGGAGAGAAUCAGUCAAAAGUCGCGGAAAUCGCCUCUGAUGCGACUUCUGGCACUUGUCAAAACUGCACUGUUUUAAAUCAGCGCGACAUUAUGCCAGUUAAGAUACAGAAAGCUACAAGCUUGGAUGAAUAUGUUGCUGCUUUGUUAACACUUAAGCAGAAGAUCAUUGACACAGACCGUCUUUUGAGUGAAUACAAAGAGAAGUGUGAUGAGCUUCAAAAAUCACAGAGAGAAAGCAGCAAACUGCACAGACAACUGGAUGAGGUGCUGUUGAAGCUGGAGCCUUUAGAGAAACAGACAGCGGAGUAUGAACACACAAAGACUGAGCUGGAGAAAACAAAGGCUGAUUUGAGAUGUUAUCAACAAAAGUGUGAGGAUGUGGAGAAACUGCGAGCUGACAACGCUCAUACCCUCUCGCUGAAAGAAAAAGUUGAAGAAACCUUAAGGAAAGCUGAGGACACGGUGCAGAGGCAGAAUCUGGAAAACGAGACGCUCCGAGCUCAGCAGAAAACAUUAGAAGAGGAUCUGCAAAAAACUCAGGAUUCCCUGGAUGAAUACCUGCAGAUUGCUGAGGAGGUUGAGAAUCUGAAGCUGGAAAAUGCCAAGACACUGAUUUUGAAAGGAAACAUUGAGAAUGAACUUUUGGUGCUAAAAGAGACAAAGGUUCAACAGAGCAAUGAAAUAUUGGAACUUAAAAAUGAGAAAACAAGGCUGGAAGAAAUUCUGCACACGACACAGCAAAGGCUGAACACACUUGAGAAGGAGUUUAACAAAGAAAAAAGGAGUACAUCUUCUCAAACAGAUGCUGAGCUGCAUAUCGACAAAGGUAAAGUCAGAAAGCUUCUGGAGGAACUCUGGCAUUGUGUGGAACCUUCAUCACAAACCAAUGAACAGUUGCUUCUCAAUGGAGAGCCUACACUUUUGAAAACCCAAUUUAACAGAACACCACCCCAACAAGUGCUUACCAGUCCUGUAAGGGAACCUUCAUCACAAACCAACAAACAGUUGCUUCUCAAUGAAGUGCAUACACCUUUAAAAACCCAACUUAGCAGAACCCCACCCCAACAAAUGCUUACUAGUCCUUUAAGGGAACCUUCAUUACAAACCAACGAGCAGUUGCUUCUCAAUGAAGUGCAUACACCUUUGAAAACCCAACUUAGCAGAACCCCACCCCAACAAAUGCUUACUAGUCCUUUAAGGGAACCUUCAUUACAAACCAACGAGCAGUUGCUUCUCAAUGAAGAACCUACACCUUUGAAAACCCAACUUAACAGAACACCACCCCAACAAGUGCUUACCAGUCCUUUAAGAACACAGGAUUCUUGUUCAUCUCCAUGGAAACGGUGUCCAGAAACUCACCCGCUGUCUCCAAACCUCUUAAGCUCCAGGCUGGGGGCAUCUCCACGGAUCAUCAGCCCUAAAUCAUCACCUCAGAACCUCAUCAAGCCCAAUAAAGAACAGCAGUCCAGUACACGAAGAAGAAAGAGGAAAGUAAGAUCAGAUGCGCUUGAACAUGUGGACCGCCAGACAAAUGAAGUGGAUGAAUCCUCACAGAAAGAAAUAAACAACAAAGACUUAUUAUGUGAAGACUAUAACCCAGAUUUUGAAGACAUUACAGAGUGGUUCAGACCUUUGCCUGAUGUUUUAUCACCUUUACAAAGCCCUUUAACAGAAUUGGUUUGCUCAAAUGAUGACCAACCCGUGUUGGAUAUUUUGGAGGAAGAUCAACCAGAAGCACUUUCAAAUUUGCAUAUUCUUAAAAACACAACAUGUACAGAUAUCGAAAAUCAGAAGUCACAAGAAGUGGAAACCCCUUCUGUUUUUGUGUCUUCAUUUAAUCAUCUGAAUACAGAAUCUGUGGAUAAUCUGGAAUUGGAAAACGCAUCAUUUGACAGCCAGUCCAUGGAGGUAGAGGAUAUGUCUGAAGUAAAGCAAAGCUUUGUGGGUGACACCCAAAAUCCAGCUCCACAGCCGUCUGUAGAAAAUGUUGCCACAGUGGAAAGUUCCUUAGAAGAAGAUCCCAAACAAGUUGUGGGAGAGGAUUUGCUUGUGAAUCAAAACUUGAAUGAAGCUACAAAAGUCACCAAUAUUUCUGUGAACUCACUGGAAACCUCAAAUCCUCAACCGUGUGUGGAACCUGACCCCAUAUCCACCAAUUCUGUUGAAUCUGCAGAUUACAAUCAUUCUCAGAUACAGUCACUGAAGUCAAAUGAAAACAGUGUUACAGCACUUGAUGUAAACUGUAGUAGGUUAGAUGGCCCUAAAAAUGAGGAUUUAAAAUCUCCUGUACAUCUUGAAAUAAGGACGGUAACAGAUAUAUCAACCCAUGACAUUCCGACCAACACCUUAACAAGUGCGCUUAUUGAACAUCAGAAAAGUUCACAUGAGAAUGAUGUUUCCACUUUGAAGUCUUCAAAAGAUGUAGAAUCGUCAUCAGAAGAUGAAGGGCACUUUGGUUUGAAGAGAAAGGUUAGGCGGGUUCGCUCAAGGUCUGAGGUAAGGAUCUCCUUGGAAGAGUUGGACGAUGUCUCCGAGACUGUGCAUUGUUCCUCUUCAAAUCAUCUUUCCAAGGAUGAGCCUUCUGAAAACACAGACAAGUCUUACUCUAGACUUUCCACAGGAGAUAUGGAGCCUGAAGAUGAACGAGAUGCUAAGCCAUCAGACGGUGAAACUGAAACUGCCACUGAGGAUAUGCAAGAAGUAGACGAGUCAGAGAAACUGAGAAAAACAUCACUGCAGACGAACGACAGAUCUCCCCAACAUAAUGAGAUGUUAAUCGAUGACCUAAGCUCUGGCAUAGAAAGUUUAGAUGGUAAUGUUUACAACAACAGUAUAGCAUCAGGAGACUCCGCCGUGGAUUGUCCUGAGGGUACCGGCACAUCAAACCACAUUAGUUUAGAUGCAGGAAACUCUGAAAAUGAAGAAAAGGUUCCAGAUCUCAACACAAAAGCUCACGUUACACCAACCCCAUGUUUGUCUCGGGUUCGGACAGAAAUGGGUCCACCACUACCUCCAGUUGUUAUGCCAUUGACUGCUACUCCUCCAAGAUUUGUAAAACAUCACACACCAUCAAAGCCUACUCCAUCAAGGAUAGCAACUGAUGGACCAAAAUCUCCAAAGAAGCCAACAUCAGUGCCUGUUAUUGAUACAGCUCUUCUAGAUGCAUCAAAAAUGUCUCCUUGUUUGACUACUCCAUCGCCAUCUCGUGGAGUUCCUUCCUCACCAUUGCAGUUUGGAUCAGCUACUCCAAAACAUGCCGUUCCGGUCCCAGGAAGACUCCCAUCGUCUGCCAUAUCCUCCUCACCUCCUGCUGCUUCUCCUCAGGAAAAUUCAAUGCAAAUGCUGGACAGUAUGUAUCCUGAGCUCUCUGCACGAGCACGCACUUUAAACAUCCUCCGGGGAAAUGUUAACCUGAACAGAGCUGGCAAUGAAAAUGGUGCUUCCCCUACAUCCAUUAGCCAGAUAUCAGGAAACAAAAGCAUCAGUUCCUCAUCCACUGCCUUUACUAAAACUGAACAAAAACCAAAAAGGACAGGUGUGAACAUGCUUUUGCCAAAGAGUGCUAAAAGACUCAGACUGGACAACUGUUCGCCCGCUUCUGCGAUGGUUUCUCCUACAGAACAAGUAAUGGAUCAUCAACCACUGGGUGUCAUCAAAACAGACUCCUCUAAAUCUCAUCAAGACAUGCAAAGCAAUCGAACAAAUCUGAAAGUAGAACAUAAACCGGACACCAAGAAAGAUGGCAAACAGAUCCAAAUUUCAGAAGCACUGGCCAAAAUAGCAGCCACCUGUUUCGAAGUGUUGCCUGUUGUUAAGAGCCACGUGUUUCUGGGGAGAAUAUCUCAGCAGCCCAUAUUGAUCGAUGAAGAAAAGGCUGUGAUUGCUGAUUUCUGUGUAUGUCAGUCUUCAGCAGAAGACCUCAUGUCUGCCAUCUUGACGAAACUGAAGACGGAAAGAAGCAUUUUGAAUUGCGCAAAUAUGCAAGCUCUGUGUAGAGUCUACACGGGUUUAUGUCGCCAGAUGGGGGACUAUCAGAAAGCUCAUGCUUUGGCCUACAGUAUUCUCAAAGAGGAUUUUCCUGAUGCCUGUAAGUUAAUCUUGUUCAUUGUCACGACAUGGCCAAGUGUGCUCUUCCACGAAACCUCCUUGUGCAAAGCCAUCCAAACUGUGGCCAAGCUAAAAGCAGAAGGAGAAAUUUUGGAGUACCUUACAAAAUAUCUGCAUUGGGAUAAGAGCCCCCCACAUGAUAUUACUAAAAUGGUCAACAGUACAUUAAAAGCACUUCGGGAGGAUAAAGAUUUGACAUUUCAGAAGCAUCAGCGUCACGGCCAUGAUCUUUGCCCUGCUGCGUGGGAAUACAUAUACACAUUGGAUCUUCUAUGUACACACAUGAACUGGAAGUGGACGCAUGACAUUGUUAUUGGCAAAGAGCUCUGGCCCAUCAUGAAUGCAUGGGUUACACAGCAGAGGCCCCUGCAAACCCCAAUCCGAGAUGUUUCUGUAGCAGCCGUUCUGAGAAUAAUUGGACGACUUGGUCAGUUAGGGAUAAAGCAGAGGCUGUUCAAAUCAGUGCAGAAUGUUGCAAAAGCCAUAAACCUCUUUGGCAAACAUGGGAUUACAGAAGGUGUGCCCGAUGAGGUGCAGUUAUCCGCUGUCUAUGCAAUUUAUGACCUGGCGCCCUGUAACCCCAAAGAGGCCCUGGAGGCUUUGGCAUCAUGGCGGAGCGAGACCUCACAGCAAGUUCCCUCUGCUGUGACCAGCUGCAUAACUCAGAUCGGGUCUCUCUGCCGGCAGAUCAAGUCUUGAAACUGUAUUUUUAACUUUGCACAUGCUGUUGCAUUUCUUUUUAUAUAAAAAUGGAUCAAAAUCCUAAAAAUGUGAAUGAGCCAUAAUGCUGUAGAAAUUGGUUACAGAAAAGCAAGGAAAUAAUGCCAUUCUUGUACAUUUGUGUAUAUUAUACAUGUAGAUUAAAGAUACUAAGUUUAUACCAUAAAGA